AUGGCGUCAAACAGUGAAGGUGCUGGUGGUGGUCAUGCUCCGGAUAUUAUCAAAGUUUGUGGUGUGAAAAAUGCAUUGCCUUCAUCAACAAAUCCAACCCGACCUUUUACUUCAAAUACUGUGGAUGAGCACCUUGGCAUGCUGUUGGUAUCCCGCCACCUUGAUAAAAACAACAAGGAAGAUGUGGCCUUUGCAGAGUCUCGUAUACGUGCUGAAACAAUUGCUGCAGAAGACAUCUUGCAUGAUAUGGGUGCCAUUAGUAUUAUAUCUUCUGGUUCACAGGGUAUGGGCCGUGUUGGAGAGGUAAUUACUCAAACAUGGCAAACAGCUGACAAGAUGAAGGUGCAGAGAGGAAGAUCAAUUGAACUAAAUGGGUGUGAAAACGACAACUUCCGAAUUAAGCGCUAUAUAGCAAAAUAUACCAUAAAUCCAGCUAUAGCUAAUGGAUUUUCUAAUUAUGUGGGUUCUGUUGAGAUUGGAAAAAUUGCUGAUCUUGUCAUGUGGAAACCUUCUUUCUUUGGUGUCAAACCAGAAAUGGUGAUCAAAGGUGGUGUGAUUGCAUGGGCCAACAUGGGUGAUCCAAAUGCUAGUAUUCCUACACCUGAACCGGUAAUGAUGAGGCCGAUGUUUGGUGCAUUUGGAAAGGCUGCAAGCGUUAACUCUAUUGCUUUUGUGAGCAAGGUUGCGAAAGAAGCCGAUGUAGAAACCAAGUAUGGUCUCAAAAAGCGGGUGGAAGCUGUCGGUAAUGUUUGCGGGCUGACAAAGCUAGACAUGAAGCUCAAUGAUGCUCUCCCAAAGAUCAGUGUCGACCCCGAAUCCUACAUAGUGACAGCUGAUGGAGUGGAUCUCAAAUGUGAUCCAGCCUCAUCGGUCCCCUUGUCCAGAAACUACUACCUCUUUUGAUAUGCUGUUGGGUUUGAUCCUCUUCACUUUGAAUGUUAAUUGAUAAAAUAAGAACAAUGGUGCAGCCGCGGCCUCAAUAUUCUAGUUCAUAUGUCACUUGUUUAAGAUGAGAUUCUCAGGCCAUUGUUUUGCGGAGAAAUCAUUAGAAACGCAAUAGUGGCAAAGACAUGUUGUGUAUUUGAGUAAGGCAUGGUGCAUGCCCAUUUUAUUGUCAUUUUUAGAUAAUGAUCCUCAUAUUUAAUAAUUGU